AACAUGGCGGACGCCACAGCAACAAACGAAGAACGAAACGCAACAAAUAACGAAACAGAAGGAAAUUUUAAUGGAAACCCAUCCACCAGUCGCCCGUUGAGUCCUCAAGAACCGUGGAAUAUGCUUCUCUACUGGAUGUCAGCUCAAUAUUAUCAACAAUAUUAUUAUCAGCUAUGCUCUUACAUGUACUACUGGCAAACGUUAGCAUCGCAUCCAGUGUACCAAAGAGCUUUUCAAGCCCAAAGUGUCUAUCCACAGACGAAUUUAAAUCCACAGGGAUCGCAGGCCAUUUUUGGUGGACAACAACCACAAAAUUUUCAACAAAACCGUGCAGCUCCUUGGUUAAAUUUCCAAGCUAGACACCCGGUGUCUAGGACAGCUUGUGAAGUUAAGAUUGCUCCUAUUUCUAAGAGGGUCUAUGCAGAAAUACUGGAUUUCAUCUUUCUUUACUUUACAAAGGUCCUUGUGUUCUCAAUAUUUUAUGAUGAUUUGGAAAGAUACACCCAGUUACAAUACACUUUGAUAACAGAUGAUAAUGCAAGUCUAAAGGAUAUUGAAGAACUCCUCAUACAAGCUUUGGUCUACAGAUUGAUAGUGUUUGCUUAUGAGGUGUUUUUCCUCAUGGGGGGACUACACGGUAGUGUCGGGGGUGCCACACCUGGCAAGUACCUCCUGGGGUUGUCAAUUGUGGCAACAGAGACUAUCACUACUGUGGCUCCUGGUCAGGAUGACGUCAGAGUAAGAAUUGAACCCGGUGGAAACCUGGGGUUCCGAAG